UUAAAGUUAAAGAUUUAGAAUUUAGAGGAGUAUAUUUAGAGUAUUUAUACUUAUACUCUAGACACUAGUAAUACUAUAGAAUAGAAGGUCUAGCUAGAUCUAUCUCUAGUAAUAAUUCAGACAAAUACUGAACUUGUAACUGACUACUCAUUAAUUAUCAUUAAAGUUAAAGUAAAAUCACUUACCUUACAAUGACUUACUCACUAGUUUUUAGUCAAGACUCAAGUUGUAAAAUUUUCAGUCUUAUUAGGAAAACAGUAGAUGAAAUGAAGACAGCUAUAUUUAGCUAAAGGUCUAUUUGUUCAACUGAAGUGCUACUGACUUUCAGAGUCUUUUUUUUCAAUUUGCUGUUUCAAAUGGGGAAUUCAUGAAAUUAGGCCAUGUCUGGUGGGGUCGAAAUGACAGAAAAACUUCCGCUGUCAUUAAGUGUUCAACAGGAAGUACAGUUGCGGUUUUUAGGCCCAUCAGAUGUCACAGAGGUGAAAAAACUCUGUAGAGAGUGGUUUCCCAUUGAAUACCCAGACUCAUGGUAUGAGGAGAUCACAUCCAACUCCAGGUUUUAUUCUUUGGCUGCUACACAUCAUGCUCGCAUUGUGGGUCUUGUUGUUGCAGAACUCAAACCACAGGCAAAGCUGAAUAAGGAGGAUGGUGAUUUGUUGGCAAGUUACUAUCCACCUACAGCCCAAGUUGCUUACAUUCUAAGUCUAGGUGUGGUAGGAGACUUUCGUCGUAUUGGCAUUGCUUCCCUCCUUCUAGACAGCCUGUUGUCCUAUCUCACAAGUAAAGACAGACAUGACUGCAAAGCUGUCUACCUUCAUGUACUGUCCACAAACACGGUGGCACUCAGAUUCUAUGAGAGGCGGAGGUUUAGGCGACAUCUUUUCUUGCCAUACUAUUAUGCCAUCCAAGGGAAAGCAAGGGAUGGCUACUCUUAUGUUCUAUAUAUAAAUGGUGGCGAACCUCCCUGGUCAAUAUUUGAUUAUCUCACCCACUGCAGUGCUGUUGUGACCAAGCUGCAGCCUUGUGCAUUUCCUCGUCAGGUGUACACUGCAGUCAGAAAUAUCAUCCAGCGUAUGCUAUCUCGAUCAGUUACAGAGGUGUCCCACAACAGUUGACUUUCAUUACCCUCUCCCACAGGAGAGCAUUUGAAACUACAUGCUGUAGGCAAGCUGAUGGCUGUGAACAACUUUCCUAUUUGCAGAGGCAUUGAAGUCUAAUAAUUGAUGUCAGGAUAAAGUCAAAUGUUCUUCUUCAAACCUUGACUUUUAAUGUGACCAAUCCUGUUAGUGGACCUCAGAAUCACUGCAUUUUAUUGAAUGUUUCUACUUCCUUUAAGUGAUAUAAAUAUUACAAAAUGUUUUGAGUAUAUCUUGUAAAAAUCUCAUAAUUUUGUAAACAAAAUGACAUUUCAUUAUUAUAAGUAUUUAUACAUAUUAAAAAAUUUGCAUAUUGUGUGUGUGUCUGUGUAAUUAGUUACAGUGUUUUCUAGGUUUGAAAAAGUUUGAUUAAUGGGUUGUGCAAAAAAAAAAAGCUAUUAAAUAUAUAUAUAUAUAUAUAUAUAUUUUUUUUUUAAUUGUAUAAAUAUUUUAUAAUCUUUUUUUUUUUUUUUGUUUGUUUUGGUCAGUCAUGCUUGUAGAAGUAGAUAUAAGUAUUAGAAGUGUUGAAGCUUUAUUAAUCAAAAUGAGCAUUAGAUGUGAUUUAUAAAUAUUUAAAUAUUUUAUCUUUCCCACUAAGUAUUGAAUUUGAUAGAUAUAUUUUGUUUUAAUUGCAAUCACUUUAGAAAAAAUAAUUGAAGGUUUCUAUCUCAGUGGAUUUCAGAUUUCUAACAAAAUUACUUGACCCUCUGAAUCAGUUUAUAUUACUGAACAUAUUUCUACAAAUCAAAGGGGAUUAAGAAAGAUUUUAUGAAUAAAAUAUCCCAAUAAGCUAAGUUCUACAUCUAUAUACAUAUAGUAAGCCUAUUUGUUUUUCUCAUAUCAGAUUCUAAAAAUACAUUGUUGACCUCUAGUAAGUAUGAUGAUUUUUAUAUAUCAUGCACCUUCAGAAAUGUGCCAAAUAUGCAGUCAUUUUGAAAAAAUAAAAUUGCUGUUUCUUAACUUCAGCUUGCAUUGACACACAUUUCAGGGGUAAUAAAUAAUAUCUACCCAAGAGGUAAACAAAAAUUAGACUUAAGUACCAGUGUUUAAAAUUACCGUCACCUAGCAGUAAUAGAGAAUCAUAUAGGAACUUUAAAAAAAAAAGUUUUAAAACACCUGAGCUGAAAAGAACAAUAUACAUGGAUGUCAUUGAAUUUAUAAUAUUAAAAUAUACAUACGAGAAUGCUACCAUCCCGCUGUCUAAACCUGGGUUAUAUUAUGGCUUAGGAAUGAACCUAAAAUUGAUAAACAGCAUUUUUCAAUACGAAGACGGGCCACUUGGCAGUGAGUCCAUAUGUGUUUUACUGAAAUGGUUAACACUGCAAUUCUUAGCUUAGAGUCAUCUUCUCUGUCUACAGUUUCACUCCUACACUUAGUGUUUUUGCACAUCACAAGCUUUUGGUGUAAUGAUUAAGUUUCGUUUAAUUUGGUGCGAUUUUGAAUACAUAGAAUCAUACAAUUGAACUUAACUAUCCUUGUCAAAUUUUUAAAAUGUGAAAUAAAUUAAUGUUAAUAUACAAAACUGGCUUCAAGCAUUUUUAAAAGUAAAAAAAAAAAAAAAAAAGGAUUUUAACAAUUAUUUGGAUGCAUUCUUGAUUUCCAAUGAUUUGUUCAUUAAUGCUUGCUUCAUUUGGUUUCCGUUACUUGUACUAUUUUGUUGGGUUUUAUGCUUUCAGUUAGUAGAACUUGAAUGAGAAACUUUAGAUAAGAAAUUACUUUUGGGUUGAAUGAACAACCUUUUUCCUAAAUAAUAUAGAAAUACCUUAAACUUUCCUUAAGAACAAAUUUAUUUGCAGCCAUAGUAAAGUAAAAAAAAAAGUUAAGUUCCACUUUUAGACCUAGUGGUCUAUAGGGCUAAGAUUUUAUUAAGUUACAUUCCUAUACUUGUUCACACAGAAUUAUAUGCUAUUAUUAUUUUAAAAUAUAUUUUACUGUUGGUGCUUACAUUAUAAAAUUUUUCAUUGUUGAUCAUUCAAAAGGAUCUUUUUUUUUUUUUUUCAUAUUCAUUACUCAGGCUUGUUUUUUUCCACUUUUUAAGAAUUUUGUUUGUGAUACUUCAACUUUAAAAAACAGUAAAAAAAAAUAUAAAAAAUCUGUUGAAUAACUUUAUAUAUAGUUCUUUAUACUUUUUUUUUUACAUGUCAACAAUUUUUUAAAAAUAUUUUAAAGAUCUACUUCUUCAGAUAAUUAUUUUUGUCUGUAAAUAUGACAGUAUGGUAAGUCUCUGUUUAUUUGAUGUACCAAGUUGACUUCAUACACUCAUUAUUUCAUACAAGUCUGAAAUCCAAAUUGUUUACAUACAUGUUUUUUUUUUUUUUUUUAAUUAACUUGAAUGUAAUGCUCUAGAAAUAAUUUCUUGAUAUUCAGUAAUUCAAAUGUUCAAUACAAAAUUCAUUCAGUAUUAAUUUCUCUUAGAUGCAAUUGUUCUUUUGUGAGAUGUCAUCACUUUGAGUGUUUCUUGAUACCAAAUAGUAUUUCAGUUUAAAAUAAGGUCUUGAAUAAUAAGAGUUCUAGCUAGUGUUUGUUUUAGACCAUCUAUAGAAAUGUCUUAUGUUUUCUUUGGAAUAGAUAUAUAAUGGGAAUCUUUGGAAUGCUAUAAAUUGACUAGUUCCAAUUAGAUCUUGACCUCAUAGCUAGGACUGAAAGAGAACUUGUUACAUCUAAAAGUGUUCAAAUGCGUUUAAGAAAACCUGGCAUUCACUAGGCUUGUAAUUAAAGGAUGUAAAAAAAAUGUAAUAUUUUUUUGCUUUCAUUUUGUACUUGAUUCAGCAUUUCAACCAGCAGCAAGCUUUAACUUGGAACUCUAGGACUAAUUAUAUGUAGACCUUUUAGCAGACCAUCAUUGAAAGCUAUUCAAAAACUUUGUUUUAAAAGUACUGUGAUUGAAAAAAUGUUGAUUUACAGUAGACCUACAACUGCUUGUGAACAGUGUUUAAUUAGUGACUGAAAACAGAAAAUGUAGACAGUACCAGUAGUGCUUUAGAUUCCUAAUAGUAGUUACUCAAGUUUUAAGUAUUUUUUUUCCCAAGAAACUAAGACAUAUGCAAUGUGGAUUUAAAAAGUCAUUUCUUUUAGUUAGAAUGUAGCUUAGAAAUAUUAUUUUUGAUCAAAAUAUGCUUGUGUAAUACUCAAGUCAACCAACAAUGACAGUGUUAAAACAACCUUUGUUUUUAUUUCUGUACAAUAUUAACUAGUCAGUGUCACUGUUGGUUUCAACACUUAUUUAUUAAUGCCUUUUGUUUCAAUUCCUACAUGUCUGUGUUUAAAGAUAUAGCUCCCUUCUUGACAUUGUUUCAUUUCAUCAAUGGUGAAAACUGUUAUCUUAUGAUGUUGUGAUUGUGUUUGGUCUCUAGAGAAAUAAAACCUAAAUUCUAA